GCCCUCCGGCCGCCUGGCCCUUCGCAGCCAUUAGCGCCCCCUUGCCAGGCCCCCUGUAGCCCACCGAGGUCACUUCCUACAGUACCACCGUCCCGGGCCGUUCCCGUCCACUUCUGGCAGCGUGAGAGCCAAGGCACUGAUCUUUGGACUGGAUGCUUCAGAGCAUUUGAAAGAACUAUCAGGAUGAUUUUGAACUAGCCACAUUAGAAAUCUCAUCGGAACACUGCCUCCGUCCAGCACAUAUCUGCCCAGUGGAGUUUUCCUGGAGUGGAGCUUGAAGGUAUAGAGAUAUUCAUGAAACUGAAGAGGCUACGCGGAAAGGAAGAAGCACUUUCAUCUGAAUAAAAACUAAGAAGUGGCAAUCAAGAUAGAAAACACCUAACCCUACCACACCCGGCUUCUCUGCAAUGGAGACACAGCUGCGGAGCAAGAAGUGAUACUGGAAAAAGAAAUCCAAAUAAACAGGAUGAGGCUGACUGAGAAGUAAAUGGCCACCUCUACCUCCCCAGAGACAAAGUCAGCCCCUUGGUGGAAUUAUUUUUUUCUCUAUGAUGGCUCCAAGGUGAAGGAGGAAGGAGAUCCCACCCGAGCUGGCAUUUGUUAUUUUUACCCUCCUCAGACCCUGCUGGACCAGCAGGAGCUGCUGUGCGGGCAGAUUGCCGGAGUGGUCCGCUGCGUCUCUGACAUUUCUGACUCUCCUCCUACCCUCAUCCGUCUUCGGAAGCUCAAGUUUGCUGUGAAGGUGGAUGGAGAUUACCUCUGGGUGCUGGGCUGUGCUGUGGAGCUCCCUGAUGUCAGCUGCAAGCGGUUUCUGGAUCAGCUCAUCGGAUUCUUCCAUUUUUACAAUGGGCCUGUUUCCCUGGCUUAUAAGAGCCGUUCUCAGGAAGAACUAAGCUCGCAGUGGAACACCUUCAUCCAGCGCGUUCUGAGCAACACUAGCGAUCUGCACAAGAUAUUCAAUUCCCUCUGGAACUUGGACCGAACCAAGGUGGAGCCGCUGCUGCUGCUGAAGGCAGCUCUCAUCCUACAGACCUGCCAGCGCUCGCCUCACGUACUAGCUGGGUGCAUCCUCUAUGAAGGACUGAUCGUGAGCACCCAGCUGCAGCCCUCGCUCACAGCCAAGGUCCUGCUUCACCAGCCUGCACCUCGGGACCAGAGACUCUCCGCAGCAGGGGCUGCCCCACAGGAAGCGGGAACAGCGUUCCCCCCGAAUGUUCUGAUCACACCUGUAUUCGUGACCGAAGAGGAAGCUGUGAGCCUCCGAGAGUUCCCAGCGGAGCGGGUGCCUGGCUCUCCCACGCCUUCAGCCCGACUCCAGGACACUCCAGCCCAGCAUGCUACAAAGAGUCGGGGCACAUCUGCCCCAAAGGAACAUGCCACCAGGCACGCGGAAUCUGUGUCCUGUAUGCCAGUGACCACUCCAGCGCCUCUGAGCCCAGGGAGAGCCUGGCCAAGUGGCAGGCAGGAGAAUGGGCAUGUGCCUGGCCGGGAACUGGAGCCCCUUGUGUCUGCGGGACUGCGCAGCCUGGUCCAGAGCCAGGGUCUUGGGCUCAGCUGCUCGCUGCAGGAGCCAGGCUUUCCCGAGGGAGAGCUGGACUUGUCUGAAGUCCACAUUCCAGAAGCUCGUGAAGAAGGACCGUCUUCAGGCCAUCUUGCUUUCCCACAUGUGUGUGCCCUGGGUGGCAGAGGUCCCUGCAGCCAAGAACCUGUGAAUGGUGCCAGCAGUUUGGAGCCCACAGUGCCUGAGGAUUCAGCUGUCAGCAGCCGCUUCUCUCCUGCCCCUCCUGAAAAACUCACCCAGAACGGAGUCCUAGAACAGGGCGAGGACCUUCCUGCCACCAGUGGCCACACCCUUGUUCCUGGAGCAGAUCCUCUCCCCAGAAGGACCAGCAGGCCCUUGCCACCGCCUUGCCCAGAUCCAGGGCAGAGAGAGACUGAGCUCUCUUGCGGGGAGCAGGGUGUGGCUCAGGGUGUCGAUGGGGUCCACAGGAGCCUCGAGGGCCCUGGAUUGGAGGGCAGUUCAAACUCAGCCAACCCUCAGGGUGACAGGCCCUCUGCAGACAGAGCGGACUGCACGCUGGCCGCAGCAGGGUCCCACACGGGACUUGUGCAGAUGAACCUGUACACCCACAGCGUCAAGGGCCUGGUGCUGUCCCUGCUGGCCGAGGAGCCACUGCUGGGAGAUGGCGCCGCCAUUGAGGAGGUGUACCGCAGCAGCCUGGCGUCCCUGAACGGGCUGGAGGUGCACCUGGAGGAGACGCUGCCUGCCGAGGAGGCGGGCCCCGCCCGCAGCACCUACACCUUCACGCACUACGACCGCGUCCAGAGCGUGCUCUCAGCGAACCUGCCACUGGCGGCCACCCCCCAGGACCGCCGCUUCCUCCAGGCCGUCAGCCUCAUGCACUCGGAUUUUGCCCGGCUGCCCGCGCUGUACGAAAUGACCGCCAGGAACGCCUCCACCGCCGUGUUCGCCUGCUGCACCCCCGCCCAGGAGACCUACUUCCAGCCUCUGGCAGCCGUGGCCCGGAGCUCCGGCUUCCCCAGCCCUGAGGACAGCGCCUUCAGCCUCCCCGGCCGAGCCAGGCAGAAGCUGCUGAAACACGGGGUGAACUUGCUCUGAACUGUGUCCACAGCCACAGGGUCUGAGGAGCAGUGACCUUGAACAGCGCCAGCAAGGGGAGCUCUGCCCUCAGUGAGGCCUGCGCCGUCUGUUCCUUGUGGAGUGCCCCGUUCCUGGGAAGGGGCCCCAAGUGCCACUCCCUUCCCAGCCUGGGCUGUGGGUAAAUGGGGGUCCUCGGGGUCUGCAGACGUGGCGCAGUUUGGUAAGCGCCCUGUUUGGCCAUAUGGGGCCAGGAUGGCUGCUAGGUCCUUGUACCAAAGAAGCUCAGGGUUGGUUGUUUCCCUGUCACCCUGGGCCGGAGGCUUUUGAUGUCCCUGCUUCUGUUCAUCCCAGCCUGAAGGGUGCUGCAGUCUGAGUUGGCAUUGUAUUCUGGAACCUAAUUGUCCCCAGUCCAGGGUGUUUGUUCAACCCCAUCACAAGGUGGGCAGGGUGAGGUGUCCCGAUGAGGAGGGGGGUCUGUUACCAGCUGUCCCCCUCAUUUCUCAGGUCUCGCCCUCCUCCAGGGAGGGGCUGCAGUCUGACAGUGCCAGAGGAGCCCCGACUGCAGGUGGCACUUCAGAAGAUCCACAGUGGAGGAGGGAAGGGCAGGGACAGCAGGACCAACCUUGCUGCCUUCGUCAGGAGCAGCUCUGUGGCUGCUUCCUUCCGUUGGUGUCCCCAACGGGAGUUCCCAUGACCCUCAGGGCAAAGCAAGACCGAGUUCCCAGCAGCUGUGAGGGGGAGAGUGGACCUUCCCCUGGCAGAGCCCCUGCAAGGUGGUCAGGCGCUGGGGUCCAGGACACGGGUCAGAGCUGUCCAGGUUUGCUGGAAACACCGAGAUGCCCUUAGGACUCCUGGUGGAGCAAGUCAUGUUGGGAGCAGUGGUGUCGAUGACCUGUUGUCUUUUCUUGAAACAAGUUUCCAAGGGCUAAAAAUAAAACACAUGUCAAAGAGUU